AUGGCUUCUUGUUAUUCAAACCUUUCAAGCCCGGAUUACCUUCGCGACUGUGUGGUUGCCACCUCUCAGAAGAGCAUCAAUGCCGACCUGGCUCGAUACCUCCAAAAUGCCAGCAAUAAACCGAUGUUCACCUACCUCCGCUUCCUGGCAAAUGUUAAGAAUCAUCCGAAUCAUCCAGCAGAUAAGGUAUCUCUCGAGGGGCUUCUGGAACUCAGUGGCGGGAUCAACCCCUUUGACAUUCCUCACAAAACCAAAACAAACGACCUGCGUAUUACCAAGCUUACUGAGAUUCGAUUUGUAUGCGCAGUCAGAAUGCAAGUCGGGAUUCCUCCCGGAUGCACUGUUGAUGGUAAAAGCGAAGGCAUCAAGAUAGAGCUACCUGAACCGAUCGUUACUCUGGGCCAUACUUCGGAAAGACUUUCCUUCAAUAUGUACUGUUAUGAGCUUACCAUCAUCAAGAAUACUCUGAAAAAUAAGGCCAUGGGAAAUUAUGUAUCGUGGAAAUGGUUCAGUCAAAAGUCGGGGGAGCCGUGGUUUGUUAAGACAACCACGAGCUUGGUGGUCUCGGCUUUGGACCAUAGUCUCAAGACUCCAUACUUUGAUGCACACCCGGAGGAAAGGGAUACAAUCAAGCAGAGUCUAAGCAAUGUUACGGAUUCGGCAUUCAGCUUACAACAGCUCUAUUUUGAUUUGGAAAAGGCUGACGUUCAAACAGUCCCGUUAUUCGUGGGCCUUAACAAUGGAACGGUCCGAACUAUGUUGAAAAAGAACUUCAUAGAUAUCUGCGCAGCGAAUGCCAAAUCACAAGGUCUGCCACUCAUUGGAGUCAUCGCUGUUGCUAAAAAGCCAGAUAGAGAUGCGCGUCGCUUAACGGAAGUGGAGCGGUGGGUGGACCCUGUCUUUGAUACACUGACUAGGAAACCGAAAGCACAUCCAUCUCCACUAGAGCUUUCGAACACGACAAUCAACUAUAUCUGCCUACAGAUGUUGAUGACUUACCGGGGGCAUCAAAAUUCAGCUGGGAUUGGAUAGAGCCACAGGAUGUGGCCCAGACGGGCGGCGUUAUUGCCAUCAAACGAAGCACACUUGCGGCAUAUCUGGUCAAUGAAAUGCUGGGCAAAGCUCGAUACUCUUGCAUUCAGCCCUGGUCAGUCGUGACUACAGAUAUCGGCAGUGGUGAAGUCAAAUUCUCCUGGGGCUUCCCCUAUGGACAACCAAUUGUCACCAUCCUAAAUUCCGGCCCGUUGGUAGCCACAAUAGACCACUCGGGUAUUUCGAGCCAAAGCACUGCUGCUUAUGGCGAGUUACAGAUCACUUCUACCUAUUCUUGUCGCAUCGUCCUUGGGAAAUAUGACAAAACCGUGUCUCCUCCUGUUUACCAUGGUGGCAACACCUUUACCAUUACCCAGAACCUCAGGGUGAGCCCUUAUAUCCAGUAUACGGGCCAAAGUAGAAGCGCCAGAGUCUUUAAUACAACUAUAUCAGAUGAAUUUGCGAUUUCCGUCGACGAGAAUGGCGGCCUUACCACUACUUCACAUGGGGCCUCAAAUACCACCGAUGACGCAUCGGAAAGUGACAUCGCUUGGGUCAAAAACAUAUUCUCCGGCGGUGAUAGUUUGGUCAAUGACAUAAUAGUUGCAUGCAUGGGGUUUGGCAAUGCCGCCAUCUCACCCAUUCCCUUCAAUGCGAUGAAAAACUUGGUGUUCCCGGGGGCCAAGGUGUUCUCCUACAAGUCUGCUAGUAUCAGGAUCUUAUUUGUGCCUAUGCAACAUGUGCAGCCAAUCAAGUGAAAGUCGAAAUCAUAUUUCCCUCUGCGGCAGUCACAAGUCCAAGUUCAGUCACAAGUCCAGUCCCAGAUGCACAAGAUGUGAUUGACCUUACAGAAACGUCGCCUGAGGAAAUAUCUAGCGAAGACGAAGUGGGAGCAUAUUCCAUGAUCGAGGAGAUUCGUAAAGAUCUUGGAACUCACGUUGUUCACUCUUCACAUACACCCGGGAGGCAGUAUAUCGUUCCGGAAUCGGAAAAUGCCGGCCUUUCUGCUUUACAUCCACCUGCAGGCCAAUAUAUCAAUCUAGAACCCGAAAAUGCUGGUAUUUCUGCUUUACAUUCACCCGCUGGCCAACAACUCAAUUUGCAAACUGAAAUAGGCGUUGUUCCAGCCUCCAAUCCUUUUCCUAAUCCAGGACCUGAGAUUGGCAUUCUUCCAGCUUCUCACCCACCUAUGAGCCAGGAGGAGAUGAGCCAAUAUCUCAAUUUGGAGCCUGAAAAAGACGUUACUCCAGCAUCCCACCCACCUGCAGGCCAUUAUGCAAAUCUAGAACCUGAAAUGGACGUUACUCCAGCAUCCUAUCCAGUCACUGAUCCAAGACCUGAGAUUGGGAUUCUUCCAGCUUCCCAUCCACCUGAGAGCCAACAUCUCAAUUUACCACCUGGAAUGGAUGGAACUUUCACCUCCCAUCCAUCUAUUGACCUGGCAUCUGGAAUGGACGGUAUUUCAUUUUCCCAUCUACCUGACAGCCAGCAUAAUAAUCUAGAAUCUGGAAUGGAUGGAGCUUUCACUUCACAUCCAUCUCUUAGCCUGGUAUCUGGAAUGGACGGUAUUUCAGUUUCGAAUCCACCUGAGAGCCAGUAUAAUAAUCUAGAGCAUGGAAUAGAUGGACCUUCCACUUCCUUUCCACCUCUAGACCCAGGACCUGAAGCUGGCGGGCAUCUUGCAUCCCAACCACUUGGGAACCAGUAUUUGGAUCUAAGACUUGAAAUUGACGGUAUUCUCGCUUCCAGUCCAUCCACGAGCCAGCAUUUCGGUCUGGAACCUAGAAUGAACGAAGCUUCCGCUUCCCAAUAUAUCGACACAGGAUCUGGAAUGGGCGGAGCUUCCACUCCCCAUUUUAGCGACACAGGAUCUGGAAUGUACGAUCUGUCCGCUCCCCAGCCACUUGAGAGCCAGUUUAUGAAUCCAGAACCCCUUGAUGUUUCUAAUCCACCCGAGAGCCAGUAUAUCGACCCAUCCGCUUUGCAUCCACUUGAGAGCCAGCAUAUGAACAUAGAACCGCUUUCCACUGGCCAUCCAUCGGAGAGCCAGCAUAUGGACCUACAACCCCCCGCCGCUUCCCAUCCAUCUGGGGGCCAGUAUGUGAACCCAACACGACCUCUUCAUCCGCUCGAGAGCCAGUGUAAUGACCUUCAAGACUUGAUCGAUAGUCUUCCCCUCGUCUGA